AUGGAAGCUUCGCCCCUUACGCAGCAGACGAGACCGGAAAUUUUCCAACCAAAAAUCGUCCAGCUCUACGAGGCACUGUUCAAAGCCACUGAAGAUGCGGAACACUCUGAAGGGUUCUGGCGAGAGUUCUUUUUGCUGCCACCAGAUGGACGCCAGCUGCAUGUCCUACUAGACAAGUUGAGCCCCGACGAGACAUUGGGUUUGCAGACGCAAACUCAACAUCUCUUUGCCCGGGCGAUCCGUGAAGCUGCAGCUGGGGUCGCGCCAAUGGACUCCUAUGCACUAGAUACUUUGGCCACGUUUUUGACCAGUAUUCUGAGCAAAAAAUACACCAACCCCAGCUCGGAUGUGAUCAGUGUUCUCGCCGGCCUUGACGAAGUUGACCGUGUCAUCUCAGAGUUUGUCUCCGUUUUAGACGGUAUCAUUCGUAAUGGAUCCAGCUUGGAGUUGCGGCGCAGGGCGAUCCGAGUCGCCAUUGCUAUGACAAGCGGGGCAUACAAGACCAGCAUCGUCUCCUAUUUCACACAUCGGGAUCUGUUCCCAUCUCUGAUGAAGUAUGUUCACGACUCUGAUACCCCUAUGCAAGUGUUCGAUCCAUUUCUUCUUCUGGGGCUCUUGGCGAACUACAACAAAUUCGAAUUCCAAAAUCUCUAUCAGCUUCGACUCGAUGAUUUUGUCAAUGAGUCAAGCAUUCAACAAAUUGUCAAAGGUGUUGGCCUCGCCUGUGGUGGUCUGCGCAACGGCUACAUUGCCGUGCAGGACGACAUACCCGAAGGCUGGUCCUUGACAAACACUUUGAUCUUCUUCGGGCUUCGGGCUCUCGCGCCUGGUGCGCGGGAUAAGGCAAAUCCACCUAGUGCGGAGGAGGCCAAGGUCAUGUUUGCUGCUUUACCCGCCCAAGAAGCGGCCAUCCUGAUGGCCACAUAUGACUUUGCGAACUCGAACAAACUAUUUGGUUACCACAUGGUCCACCAUAUCCCCGAAAAGAACGAGGAAUCUCCCUUUUCUAGUUUUCUUUCCCUGUCAUCAUACCUUUUACAGCACGCCUAUCGAUCCUCGCGGGUAGCUCACUAUGCCGAGCUGAGCAUGUUCACCUUACGUAUACUCGUUGAGGACCCAACUCUCUGCAAACACAUCUGCAGUGAAGAUGGGAAACGCAAAGUGCGGAUCUGCCGUCAGAAACAGCCAUACCUCCCAGUUGUUGGUGGAGACCGGGUGCUCGCCACUGUCAUCUUCGAUGUAAUGAUCGACACAAUCACGCAUAACCUUCGGCGGCGGUUAGACGUCAACAUCUAUAGCCACACCAUUGCCGUCACAUUGCGCCUCCUAACAUACCUUUCAAUGAACAAAAUCCGACUAAACUACCACUGGUCCGAGCUCUGGCGCACUCUUCUGUCCCUCAUGCGCUUCUUAACAACAUACGCUACCGAUCUAAACACCAACCCCCAAAUCCACACACUAACCAGCUCCCUCGCCGACCUCCUCGCCUUCUGCGUCUCUGGUGGCGACACCUUCCUCCCUGACCCAGCCUCCUACGACGACCUAUUUUACAAGCUCGUCGAGACCGGCCCCGUCAUCUCCAAUUUCAGAAACGUCUACGCGCUCAAUCACUCAACAGGAACGCCGGGCUCGUCCUCAGCCACCCCACUGCCAGACGCAGCAACGACCCAGAAGAACGAUCUCCACGCAGCAGCCAUGGAUACUCUUCUCAGUGUCUCGACGCACUUCUACACGCUUCUCUUCCAGUCUGAUGGAUCGGAUCCCACGGCACAUUCGGCUGCAGCUGCCAGUCCCAACCCAGAAGGCGAGCCUACACCCGUGGCCUUGCCUUCAAUCAAGAAGAAGAAUCUCAGCCCACGGGAGGUUCAUCGAAUCAUCAAGCAGGGUUAUGAGACGCUAAGUAUUCAGCCGCCGGAGGGGUUGAGUGCGUGGUCUAGAUGGAGAGAGACAGACUGGAAGACUGAGUUGAAGAAAGCGGCAAGGGUUGCUGUUGAUGAUGCGAGGCAACUGGUUGCGUAA